GAAAACGUAUUAUCAGCUUUGUGUUGUGCGGCAGAUAGAAUGAAAGCUCGUUUCAUUUUACUUUUCAAGUGCUUUCAGAGUUGUUUAGGGUUAUAUGUUAAAGAAGACAUUAUUGGCAAAGAUGCACAACAUUCCUGUUGAACAUUUGGAUUACAAUUUCAUUGAGAACUGUUCGGAUGUGAAGACUCUGGAAAAAAUACUAGGUGUUUUGAGAUCUGGUGAUGAAGGGAUUUAUCCUCAUCUUAUAGAAUUUUGUGAAAAGAAGAUUGAAAAUUUAUACCCCGAAAGCAGAGCUUUACGAAAAGAUAAGGCACCGGCAACAGCAGCGUCUUUCACUUCACAGGAGUGGCAAGACAUUUUGACAGAUUUGGAGAACUGGACAAGUGAUAUUAAAGGCAAUGAAGAAGAAAUUAAGCAACAAUUCAUCUUUGAAAACUGUGAAAAAGUUGCAGCAGUGCAUGGGUCUAAUGUGACAAUCUUGUCAUCUCAGGAGAAAGGUAUCAAUGAAAAACCUAAAAGAAAGAAAAGAAUAGCUCCUCGUGACUAUAAGGAAUGGGAUAAGAUUGAUAUUGACAAAGAAUGUGCUGAAGUUGAUGAAAAAAAGGACAAAGAAGACAGUGUCCAAACCGUUAGCAGAAGCAGCUUGUCGGAAAUAAAGAGAGAGAUUGAUUGUGCAGACUUAUCACAAAUAGAAAAAAAAUACAUUGCAAACCAUGAAAAAAAUAAAGGAAAUGAAGCUUUUGCUGCUAAAGAUUAUGACGAGGCCAUAACUUAUUACACAAGGAGUAUUUCAGUGAUGCCAUCAGUAGCAGCUUAUAACAACAGAGCCCAAGCAGAAAUUAAGCUUUGCCAGUGGACUAAUGCUUUAAAUGACUGUCAGAAAGUGUUAGAAGUGGAACCUAAAAAUCUUAAAGGAAUUCUCCGCCGUGCCACCGUAUACUUGAAUACAGGCAAUUUUAAGGCAUCUAUUGCAGAUUUGACAGAGGUAAUACAAGCUGAACCAAGCAAUCCCACAGCAAAGAAGUUACUAAAUGAAGUUCAAAUAAGGAUGGCAAAUAUGCAGUCAAAGGAGAAAGUCAAAGGGAAAAAGAUUCUUAUAGAACAGAUUGAUGACACCAACAAAGAAAAAAUAUCAGCUGACAGUUCUUCACAUGUGGGUGGGGAGACAGCUGCAACUGCUUUUCAGAAGAGUGUGAUGGGGAAUGUGCAAAAGAAGUUUCCGAGCAGGGGAGAUAUACGGCCAGAGACAGACGAGAAAGGUUUAUCUCCUGUCACAAAGGAAAAUGCUGAAAAAGCAAACCAGGAGACAGAGAGUACAGUAAGAAGUACUGAAGCAAAAGACCAAAGGCUGAAAAAUAAAAAUCUGGAAAAUGGCAAAUAUGCAGGUAACCAUUCAAGUACCUCUGGUUCUGACGAGUCUAGGCCUCAGCUGUUGGCUUCUGGAGUGCUGCCUCCUGCCGUUGCCUGUCUGAAAGAACAAGGAAAUGAGCUUUUUAAAAAUGGGCAGUUUGGAGAAGCAGUCAUCAAGUAUACUCAAGCCAUCAGUGACUUUGAAAAGUGCAAUGUUGACAGUCCUGUAGAUCUUAGCAUUUUGUAUUCUAAUCGAGCAGCUUGCUUUCUAAAGAAUGGAAAUUGUGCUGACUGUAUUGAGGAUUGCACCCGGGCUUUGGACCUCCAGCCUUUUACUGUCAAGCCACUUCUUAGACGAGCUAUGGCUUUUGAAUCCAUGGAGCGAUAUCGACAAGCUUAUGUGGAUUAUAAAACUGUUCUGCAGAUUGAUAGUGGGAUACAAGCUGCCAACACAAGUGUAAACAGGCUUACCAGGCUUUUGAUUGAUCUGGAUGGUGAAGAAUGGAGGGGGAAACUGCCAAAGAUUCCAUCAGUUACUCUGUCUUUUCAGCAGUGCAGACUGAAAGAAGUUGUUUCGAAAAGAGAUGAGAAAAACGAUGGUGUGCUAUCAGAGCAGGAAAAAUGCAAAGCAACAGAAGAAAUGUUCCUAUCAUUUAAGCAAAAAGGAAAUGAUUUUGUGAAAACAAGUCAAUAUAAUGAGGCUUUGAAACAAUAUAGCGAAUGUCUCAAGCUAAACCCCAGUGACAGUGCCAUUUACUCCAACAGGGCACUGUGUUACUUAAAGCUGAAUCAAAAUGAAGAAGCGAUACAGGACUGUAAUUCAGCCCUGCUGUUGGAACCCUCUAAUGUAAAGGCUUAUUACAGACGAGGCCUUGCCUACAAAAACCUACAGAAUUACAUUGCUAGCAUCAAUGAUUUCAAAGAAGUUCUCCAGAUUGCUCCACAUAUCACUGAAGCCAAGAGAGAACUUAAGGAAGCAACAGAUUGUUUAAAGAAACAGCAUGAUAGCUGCAUCAAUCAAAAGCAGAGAAAAAAAAUUCCAAUUCAAGAAGUAAGCAGUGAUGAAGAAGAAGGAGAAAGUGGAGAAAACGGACGUACUCCUGGAAGUGUAUUAAGUGUAAAUCAUCCACAUGGUUUCAUUGAUGCUGAUCCCUCUAAUUGGAAAGACACCCUUCAUUUAAAGCCUACAAAUGCAUAUGAAUUUGGGCAGAUGUUAAAUGCCAUUAAAGUCAAGAGUGAUGUAGCUGCUUGCGCCGAACUUCUCUGCAUCGUAACACCAGAAAAUAUGCCUUUAUUGAUGAGCUGUGAGUUAGACACGGAAGCUUUGGCCAUCAUGAUUCAAGCCUUGGAUAGACAUCUUCUUCAGAAGAGCCCAGAAAUGGUAUAUUCUCACUUAAUGAACCUACAAAAGGCUGAUAGAUUUGAGAUGGUAUGUUCACUUCUUGGCAAGAGUGAAAAAGAUCAAGUAAAGCUAUUGUUUCACCAUCUGUCAGCAACAGAAAGUAAGGAGUUCACACCAGAUGACGUUCAGAAACUUGCAAACCGGUAUUUUCUUCAUGAAAUUUGCCUCCGCACCUGACAGUCAAUUGUCUCUGAAUCAGUAAUAAAGUAUGAUUUCUGCUGAAUAAACUUAUAUAAGCUUUAAGAACAUGCAUACCUCAAUUAAUUUUUAGAAUAUUCCUGUAAAAAAACUGGUUAUGUCUAAUAUGGACUCAGAAGUUUGUAUUUUCUGUAUAGUAAUAUAUUUUAGCAAACCAACUGAACAUGUAAAAAUACGAGAAGUGCCCCCCCCCCCCCCCCUUACUGUACAGAGAUUAUGUUUGGUUCAAUAAAACAGACAUGUUUGCUUCCUGUCGUAAA